AACACAAGGACUAAGGCUUACGAAAAAACUAUCGAAUUUUUCCAUGAUGUUUUACAGAGAAACGUCACAGCUGCAAGCCCCCCCCCCCACCCCCAAACGAUCAUAUGACGUUUCUCGUGGACAAAAUCGAUAUGUGAGGCGGCCUUAUAUAAACACGACAAAUAAAUAAUUGUAUUAAUCGUUCUUCAUUUUUCAUAAACAUGUUACGUGUAUUUUUGUGCUUUAUUUUCUCUAGCAAAUUCACCGUAGCAGAAGAAGGUUCACCGACUAUGUCUUUUAUCAGUUUUGUGUUGUUUGGCUUCGUGUUGGUUCUCACAGAGCAUUUUGUUGCCUGUAACGUUGUUGGUAAAACAGUGUCGGAUGAAGUAGAGAAGAGAAAUGUUAACGUUGGUAUCCCGGUAAGUUGGUGUUAUUUAAAGUCUAUAGAUCUGCGAUUAGAACGAAAAAAAUUGGGAUUAUAGUCCGCCAACAAUUUGAAUAGUGUCAUCAUGCAGUGACAAUACCGUGUAUUUCGUCUUAAUUAUUAAUGAUCUAAAACUCAUUGUUCCGACUAGACUAAGUGUGUGUCUGCAUGGCGUGGGAUAUAAUACCUACUGAUUUGUAAUUGUAAGGAAGUUUACAGAUUUCAAAUUAUAAACAUAUUCUUGUUUAAAAUUGGUGCUCUACUGGUUGGACUUGUAUAAAGGCAUACAGCUAAUUCAAAACAGGUUGCCCUUCGAGACGUAAACCAUUGAAGUGCCUAUAUCAUGGUUUUGGAGUUUGCAUAUCUCGAAAGUUUAGGGUAUUUUAAAAAGACACUUUGCAAUAUAUUUUGUUAUUGAAAAAUUUCAUCUUGAUGGAUUUAUUAGCUCUUAAAGUUAUCGGACACGACGUCAAAAGGACAAUUUUGUUGCAAUGAUACAAAGUGCCUUAAAAUGCCCUAAACCUUCGAGAUAUGCAAACUCCAAAACCAUGAUAUAGGCACUUUAAAGAUGCUGUAAAGUCCGUAACGUAAACAAACAUUUCGUUUACAUUUUGAACUGCUAUAUUUGUAAAAUAUGAUACUAACCGCUGAAUAUCUAAUAUGCACGUUUGUGGUUCGCUAUGCUUGUAAAUGAAUAUAAACUCUACGUUUCAAUUCAAAAAAGUUAGAAAGAUGCAUGUAAUAUUUGGGCAAUGUUUAUAUCUGUAGGUCUCCCUUUGUUAUGAGCAGAACUGAUGCGCAGAACGGUUAACGGACUUUACAGCCUCUUUAACCGAAAUUAACUCUACGCGCAAUGGUUAAUCCAUCCAGACCAUAGUUAAUAUUGGCUGUAUCGGUACGCGGUAUUUUGACAUUUAGCUCUGACACUCUGUGUUUCAAAUCAAUGUAUAGAACAACCUCGUUCCCAGGCUCUUCCCUCUCUUACCUGAGGGAAAAGCCUGGGUGCGAGGUUGUGUAUAGAAAAUCUAGUUCCCAGAGUAUGCCUGUUGGCGGGCUAGGUAGUUUCAUGCCACUUCCUAACCCGCGAACAGGCAUACUCUGGGAGCAAGAUUGAUGUAUAGAGAGCUUUUUGUACCUAGUCACGUUUUUGACAACACGUACCGUCAACAGUAGAUCAAUUGAGCCUCUAAUAGAUGGCGAGUAAUAAAGACAGCCGCUCAUGUUUGUAAUCCCGUAGACCCGAACGUAAAACUUCAUUGACUGCCGUUCUUGAUUUCAAUCAAGACCUGGUUGCUGACUCCAUCACUCGUCAUCUGUAAUGUUUAAGGAGGGCCCCCUAUACUUUUUGCGUGAAGCGUGAAGGGCUUAUUUUACUUAGCCGUGAAACGUGAUCGAUGAUUUUCUUAAUCCGUGACUCGUGAAAAGGCAAAAUACUUUUUCGUGAAAGCAUAUUGUGAAGAGGUAUAGGGGGCCCUCUUUAAGGUUUAAGCUUUAGUUUAGAGUCUCAAAUAACAACCUUUUCUGCAUUAGGUGCGCAUAUAGCUUAUUUAUAAAUUGCAAAAAUUAGUAUAGUACAGGUGCAUGCCUAUAUGUGAACAGGUCUUGGUGAUUGUCUGCUUGUCUGUAUAUUCGCACAGGUCUACGUAGUUCUGCGUGACAUCUUUCUCACAAAUUAUGACAAUUUAUUAUGACAUUUUAUUUAUAAUAUCUGUGCUAUUUGCCAUGAUUCCCUAAACAGAAGUAGUCACCCCCCUGGAAAUAUUCAAAAUGGCGCCGUGUGGGAGAAAGCCAUGCCAUUUCCUCAGUGUUGGUGAUUACUUUUGUUUAGGUCGGUACUUGCCGAGUGACAAAUCAUGAAGAAUAGCGCUUAUGAAAAAACAACGGAGAUGGCCUUCUGUGUAGUAUGCUGUGUUUGUACUUUAGCACUUAUUGAAAUGACACGUGUCAAAUAAUUCACUUUUGCAUUUAGAAAGGAGGUUUGACGGUUAAUAUCGGACACGGGAUGCGUGACUUGAUCAUCAAUGGAAAUGGUGUUGGUAUCCAGGGAAAGGUUUGUGAAGAUUUAUUUACUUACCACACAAUUUCAUAUAGGAAAGAAAAGCACUGAAUGCAUGUAAUAAAUUUGGUUCAAUAAUUAGUGUGACAACAGACGCCAUUUUGGCACACUGUAUGAGCAGCCCGCAACCACCUGUUGUACAAUUUAGGCAUGAUACGUAACUUAAUAGUUAAUUCACUGGCGGUAUGUGCAAGCGCACCUUAUUUUCUAGAGACUUUUGGGAGACCCUCGAUUAUCUAUUGCCGACUAAGCUAAUUCCAAUAAUGGAUAGGUUGGGAUAUUAGUUCACAACCUAUAAACUGUGAUUCUAGAAAAAACCCCAGAUAACUACUAGUUGAUCAGUCAAUCGAUUAUAGACUGACGCAGAAUUUUGUAAUCUUUAUUUCAGACUGUAGUUGCUUUCCAAGCAACGCUGACAACAGGUAGAAUUGGACCUAACUACGCCCGCGGGGCCAUUAAAUUUAACGCCGUUACUCUGAACAUUGGAAACGGUUAUAACCCAAGCACUGGCAAAUUUACUGCACCUAUUGCAGGUUUAUACCAGUUUACUGUCACAUACCUUCAGCAAAAUGGCUACAGCUCUUACGUUAGGUUGAUAAAAGGAAGUAGUGUUAUCGGUGAUAUGCAUGCAAACCACAAAAACUUUGAUCUGCUAACGAAAACCAUUCUUGUGACUCUGACAAAGGGCCAAACAUUCUGGGCUAGGUUGGAGAGAAGUAGUAGCUACGCUGUAUAUGGAGCCGGACGAUAUACUCAAUUUGGUGGAUUCCUUCUUUCAGCCGGCAAUUAUUAAUAAAACUUUACCAUGCAAAAUAUGCCUCACUCAGUUCAAAAAAUACGUAAUCCUUAAUUAAAUUCUAGAACACCAGUAGUGGCAUAAGGGACAAUCGCCUCGAACUAAAUAUACUAAAUAUAGGACGAGUGCAGGUUAGCCGCCGUAGUUGUCAGUAUUGCUUCAGCCUUUAUUUUCAAAAUAUUAAAUAACGCUUUCAAAUAAAUU